AUGCAGUCGAAGAGGCUAACCACUGAGCCUCCAUGUAUAACAGAAGAAGUGUUUGAAGAAUGCUUAGCCACAGAUGAUAUGCUUGUGGAAUACUUUAAUGAAUUUUUGAGUCUUCCGACUUUUGCCCAGCCAGUUAAGUUUAACUCUGACUUUGGGGUUUUUGAAGUUGUUAAUGAUGCCCAACAAUGCCUGGAAAGCCACCUGAGAAAAAGUUUUCAUGAUCAGAAACCUCUAAAGCCCACUUACGAUGUUCUAAGGAAAGCAAAGAAUGAUGGGCAGCUCUCCAAAAUGUGCAGUACUUCUCCAACCUUCAAUAUUGAUGCAAAUUACAACACUAUGUGCCUUAAUCGAGAACAAGCAAUUCAGUGGAUUAAGAAAGAGAGGCUUCCAGCAUUUCUGGAAAGUGACUGUUACUUUGAAUACAGGCUAGCUAAAUUGAUAUCACAGGUAGAAUGGAGCAAGACUGGCAUUAAUUUCAUUAUUGAUAGUGACUACUAUCCCUGGAUAAGGAAACAAGACUCAAGUCCUCCCCUUCCUGAGGAGGAUGAAACUUCGUUGGCAAUAAGGAAGUUCUGUAUAUCGCCUGACCAGGCUAUGGUUUCUCAGACAAAGGAUUGGUUUAUGUUAGCAAAAGGAAGUGAACUCGUGAAAACUACAGAUUCAUUUUCACAUCCUGUAGCUUCUAGUCAAAUUCAGUGUUUGCCUGGACAGCGUGAAAGAGAUGAUACAUUAAGUGAAAAAGACAGUCUUCUGGGUAAGAAAUCAAAAGCCAUCAUUUUAAGGAAGACAUCCAGGGAGGCUGAGGAGGGUUCUUCUGUGGCCAUUUCUGAACCGUGUGCUCACACUCAGUUAAGAGUUUAUGUAGAACCGAAAUUGGACAGCUCAGCAAAAGAAGAAAAUGAACAGGAAAGCGCAACCGUUCGGACACCAGAAGAAUUCAUACCAGAUUAUACUCAAUUUGUAAUGAAGGAACCUGUUUCAGAACUGACCCACCUGCCAACUGCUGACAUUUCUGUCUUGGACUCCCACAGAGAUGUGAGAGAACAAGACACUGAAGAAGUAAGCUCAAAAUCAAGUUCUGAAAGUGAUGGGUCAGACAGUAGAGCUGCCUGGUGUAUUAGUCACAGGACUUCUGAUACUGGCAACAGACGUGAGUUUGAAAGAUUCAAGAAGUUCAUUAAAGGAACACUUGGGGAGAGGUACUGGUGGCUCUGGAUGGAUAUUGAAAGACUAAAGGUGCUCAAAAACACUACAAGGCAGCAAAGGCAACUCAAUAAGAUGAAGAAACUGUAUCUUCUGAGCAGUGGAGACUACUUCCUCAGUUCGGAAGUGUUACUCAGACUUAAUCUACUGCAUGGAGAGCAGUGGAAUGUAAGGCAUUUGAGACGGAUUCAGCCUGAAGUUGUGAAACCUCUACUUCUUUACUGGGGUCCCAGAUUUUGUGUCACUCAUUCAACAGCAAUAGAAACUGCCAGUGCAAAACUGAAGAUGUGGCACACAUGCCAACAGAGACCAAGGGUGGACAUUGAUCCUUUUCCACAUAUAGUGUCAUUGCUACCAUUGCAACUUAAGUCUUGCAUGCCCAAGAUACCACCUUCCAUUCCUCAGGGGAAAAGUGCUGCUGGCAGUGCUGUCUUAAGGGGAUCAGGAAUGGAAAGCAUGCUGCAGUCUCUUUAUUUGGACAAUAGAGCAGGCUACUACUUCACACAGUUCUGUGAGAAGUCAGGGAAUAAGUUGUGGAAGAACAGUGCGUACUUUUGGUUUGACCUACAAGCUUAUCAUCAGCUUUUCUACCAGGAAACUCUUCAUCCUUUCAAAAUUUGCAAGCAAGCUCAAUUCCUUUAUGCAACUUACAUUGCCCCAUCUGCCAGUAUGGAUAUUGGACUUCAUCAGAGGAAGAGAAACAUGAUUUAUCAGAAAAUUGACCCAGCUUUUGAGGAUCUUUUUGACUCAGCAGAAGAAUAUAUCCUCACUGUUCUGAUAGAACCAUGGAUGAAGAUGAUGGAAGAAGACAAACAUACUUAUGGAAAGGUGGAGCUGGUGGAGGAAACUCGACAGCUGGACUCCGUGUACUUUAGAAAGCUCCAGGCUUUGCAUCAGGAGAGUGGUUCCAAGAAGGAUGAGAGUACUGCUCCUGACACUUGUCUGCCAUCUUGCCCUGAUGCUCUAAAAGAAGAUGAGCACUUGCACCAAGUUCCCAGAGAAUUGACAGGUUCUAAUCUAUCUGACCUCAUCCAUGACAAGGAGAAGUUAGAACAGUUCUGGGCUUUUCUUAAUGAGCAUUCUGCUGGCAUGGAUCUCAUGUGCUGGCUAGAUAUUGAACAGUUCAGAAAGAUGCUCCACAAGGAUAAAGAAAAAAGGGAGGAAAAAUCUAAAGACAUUAAAACCAAGUACUUAAACAAACAAUACUUCUUUGGACCCAACAGCCCAGCUACCAGAGAACAACAAGAACAGCUAAUUCAUUCAGGUGGAGGAUGGGGACAAAUCCUUCAGGAUCAACUUUCAGCAGCGGUUCUGGUAGAAAUUCAGCAAUGCAUCCAGAAGAGAUUAGAAAAACAAUGGCUGCCAUUGUUCCUGGCAGAUGAACACCAUCGGGUGGAGGGACAAGCAAAGAUAAGGGACAUAAUUGAAGAUACUUCACGACAAAAACAGAAGACAACUAGACUGUGGAAGCAUGCGAACAAUAAGUGUGUUUCUUCAUCUAGUGAAGUAAUUGCUUUCCGCAAAGCACUGUUGAAUCCAGUAACAGCCAAUGAGUUUCAACGCUUUGUGUCACUGCAAGGAGACCUACUGGAGAAUGGAGUGCUCUUUUGGCAAGAGGUUCAGAAAUAUAAGGACUUGUGCCAUUCUCACUGUGAUGAUGCCACAAUCCAGAAAAAGAUCACUGCUAUUAUUGAUUGCUUUAUUAAUUCUGCCAUACCCCCAGCUUUACAGAUUGACAUCCCAAUGGAACAAGCAAAGAAGAUUUUGGAGCACAGGAGAGACCUAGGACCUUACAUUUUUAGAGAGGCACAGAUGAGUAUUUUUGCUCUUCUGUUUAAAUUUUGGCCAAAAUUUUGUAAGCUUCAAAGCAAUUUGGCUAGUGACAAAAUUCUACUUGCCUUGGAGAGAAGAAAGGGAAAAAAGAUGCAAAAGAAGGAAGACGGAACAGCAGAGUUGUUAUUUAUGGAGGAAACCCUAUCAAAGGCUUCCUGGCAAUCGACUCAGGGCAAGGGAGGAGUGGCUGACAGCCGCUCUCCCCACAGCGAGGGACGCCAACCAAGCACAGUACAACGCAAAGACCUCUUAUCUGGAAAGCAGGAAGGGUUGUUAUUUAUGGAGCAAACCGUAUCAAAGACUACCCAGCAAUUGACUCAGGGCAAGGGAGGAGUGGCUGACAGCCGCUCUCCCCCCAGCGAGGGACGCCAACCAAGCACAGUACAACGCAAAGACCUCUUAUCUGGAAAGCAGGGUAAAGAAGUGGGGACAAAAUCUGGGACAAAACCCAUCAGUCUGCUAAGCAGUGCCUUCACAGAUGAGACUGGUGUGGAGACAGGACGAGCACCAUUUUCAGUUGGACAUGAGUCGCAGGUGAAUAAUAAACAUGUUGCUAUAGAUAUCAUCAUUCGAGAGAGGGGAAAUGUCUUGGGAUAA